UUGUAUACCUAAGUCAUUCUUCACGGGCGUAGAUUUUGCAAGAAACUUCCGGUUUAUCAAAGGUGAUAAGGAGGCGUGGCUUGCGAGGCACGCGAGCGAACAGGUGCGCGUUUGAACGUUUCACCUGUGUGGUAGAGCGCGAGGGUGUCGUUGAGUUCGUGGCGGCUUUUACUCCGUGUAGUGGUUAAAAAAUAAUAUUAAACAAAAAAUGGUGUGUUAGGUUUUAUUUUCGUCAUUAUUUUUUUUUCUUCACUUUUUUUUUUAAUGGAUAACAGAAGAUUUAAGGUGUCCGGCCAGAGUGACGUUUAAUGAACAGAAUGGCUUAUUCAGAAGUUCUACUGUGAGUUAAAUAAGAAACAAAAACCGUAAUUGUAGUAUCUACAAACGAAUUUAAUAAUUAGCGAUUUACUAAGCAGCUCAUUUCAUCCUUACGAAGUUGGACCAAAUGGACGAAAUGAAGAAAAUGCUUUGUUUUGCACUGUUUCUGACGGCAGUAAUAGCCUGUGUCUGCGGCAAGUUCCUACAACCCUUUCCGUCCCUGGAGCUGCUGUCCUUCGCCGAGGAAGAGACUCGAUUGCCGUGUAAGUUUGAACCGCAGGAUGGUGAAAGGGUAGUACAGGUGACCUGGUCUGCAGAAAAGAGCAACGGUGAAAAGGAGCAGAUCAUCACCAGACACAUGACAGAGGGGCUUCAAGAGUUUCCUGGCUUUGCAGGUCGUGUGCGCUUCACAAGUUCUGAUCCAAUUAAAGACUCGACACUGUUGAUUCUGAGCACAAGGGAGUCAGAUCAAGCCAAGUACACCUGCCACAUCUCCACUUUUCCUUCGGGGAACUUUGAGAGACAAAUCAGCCUUACUGUCUGGAGGAUUCCCAUCUCCACACUGGAACCGGUCAUCCUGGAGGAGGGUCAGUCAUUCCGUGUGGCUGCCACCUGCCGGGCGGUUGGCCUACCUCCACCACGGCUUUCCUGGGAGACCGACGUGCCCGGUCAAAUACAGAACAGGAGUUCAGAGGACGGGGUCGUCACCUCCCAGUAUUUGCUGCACCCUCUGCGCAGCAUGAAUGGCCGCAAACUGGACUGCUUGGUGUGGCACCCUGCUCUAGAUCAGCCUCGCAGGCUGAGCAGUCUACUGGUUGUGCACUUUCCUCCUGAUGCUACGGUUUCUGGUUAUGAUCAAAGCUGGGCAGUUAAUCGGAAUGGAGCUGAGCUCAAAUGUGAGGGUGUGGGAAAUCCUCCCCCACACAACUUCACCUGGACCAGGAACGGCGGGGCUUUGCCCAAGGAAGUAUCUGUGGAGGGCAACAGGCUCAUUUUCACCCACCCCCUAAAUAAAACUGAUGAAGGUGUCUACGAAUGUGAGGCCAGAAACUCUGUGGGAUCGGUGAAGUCUGAGGUUAAUGUACAGAUCCGAGUGGCCUCGGAAACUUCCAAGCUGGGGGCCUCUUUUGACAACCUCCUCCUUAUCAUAGUGGGUGGAGCAGCUGGGGUUUUAGUAGUUGUCAUGGCGAUCAUCAUCCUUCUGUUUACGUGCCACCAUAGACGCAAGACCAGGAAACUUAAACGGGAGCUCUCCGAGACGAAGGAUGAGAUCAAUAAUCUUUCAAGACAGACUUCUAUGAGGAGACUUAACUCGUUCAGUGCUGACCACAGGAUGCGGACUGAAGAAUCCAUGCUACUCAGGAUGGAAUCACCUGUAAGAAGCAGUGCCUUUACACUCGAGGAGAGAUCCUGCAUUUAUGACGACCGAGACGGCGACCGUGACAGCAUCGGCCGUCCAGCCAUACACCUGUCUUGUGACUCAAUACAAGGGAGCGGGAGGAGGAAAGAGACAGAGUACGUAGAGCUUCGGAGAGACCAGAGCCAUCCUCCGUUGUCCAUCAGCUCGGGGGUUUCAAGAGAAGGAGGGAAAGAACAAGACGUAUGGGGACAGAGAGAAGGCAUGCCGGAGGGAGAGGAGGGAGACUGCACCUUCAACUCGCAUCAGCUCUCCGAGACGCUCUCGAAAAACUUCCAGUACAGCAACGGAUUCCUCAGGCCGAAACCGAACCCGAACGCUAUAAUACUGCACCCAAGUAGCCAGUACAUACAAGGAGAAAAUGUUCCUACACAGCACGUCAUUCCUGCCAUCUAUCCCGGUCACCAGUAAUGAACUUUGUGGUCCAGUGCUGCUUCACCUGACCAGUGAAUUCAUUCAACACUCCCUGGAGCUAGUGUUAAUACCAUAAGCUGGUUAGAACACAUUGAGACCAAUGGAAACCUCAGCAUUUUACUCUGCCCACAUGGGGCAUCAUCUACCAGCAGGUCACAAGUCCAGAUGCAGAUAUAUCAGUGGAUUUAAAGCAGACCAAUGCAUCGAAAUAUGAGCCAGCAUCACUUAUUUAGGACACUCCAAUUUAGGAAAAUUGCCUAAAUGAGUGCAAAAGUAAUAUUACGUUAAUAUCACCAUUAAUACUGAUUGUUCAUUUGGGAAAACAAGAUCAACCUUAUUCAGAACAGAGUAAACUUUUGAAUUAAAUCCGUUCGAAAGAGGUAAAUAAAUGAUCAGCUUUUACCCAUUAAUCAAAAGUUUAAAAAAAAAAAACCCA